UUUCAAAAGAGUGUAUUUAUCUGGAUUCGAGAAUUAAUAAAAUAAAUAUUGUUUUCAAGAAAUUUUAGAUUUGAAGUGAUAUUUAUAUAUCGUAGUCGAUCCUGGAAUCUUAUAAAUCUUUAAAAAAUGGAUGAGUUACCUGUGUAUAUUCCUAAAAAACGUUUUAAUUUGAGGAAACUUCGUCUUGCUUUGAAAUACCGGCCGGUUAUUUUAAGACUAAUACUUAAGCUGAGAUCCCGCAUCAAAGAAAAACAUCGUCAGCUAUUGAGGCUCAAACUUAGUGUCGAAGAUAUGGUAACUUCUGACUUCUACCAAGCAUACUUAAAAGCUACACAUGGUCCUGGUAAACUAGAUAUUACUCCAGAAAUUGGUGUCAACACUGAUGAAAUAUAUUCAAGAAAAAAUGAAGGUACAUUAGAAAACAAAAAAGAGAAAACAAAAAAAGUUAAGACCAAGAGUAUUGGGACACAGACUGAAGAAGAAAAGACAAACACUAAAGAAAUAAACAAUAAAACUGACAGAACACCAAAAAAAGAUGAAACUGAACAUAAAGUAAAAGAUUCUGGAUGGAGUCUAAAUGAUAAUAAAGAAACAAAAAGUAUAGCGGAGCAAGUUGCAGAAGUAGCUCAGGAUGCCUUGAAAGAAUCCGGGAUGGUGUAUGUAGAAUCAGCUGGAAUGUAUUAUGAUUAUAAGACUGGUUAUUAUUACAAUUCGGAAUUAGGCCUGUAUUACCAUACAGACACACAAUGUUACUACUACUACUCGGAAGACAAGAAGUGCUUCGAAUUCCACUCGUAUCCUGAUAGGAGCGCCACUAAUGAGGCACUGAUAGCCCAUGAGAAGAAGAAGGCUAAAAAACAUAAAAUGGUGGGAGGAACUGAUGAUAUAGAUAACCUGACGAAAAACUUAGCUCAGGAUAAAGAAGCAGAAGAGAACGACACGAAGAAUCCUAAAAGAAAGAAACAGAUAAAGAAAAAGAAGAAAGAUGCUUCUGAGGAUAAAAAGACUGAAGAUUCUUCUCCGGAAGUAGUAGAAUUAAAGGUUUAUGCAGUAACUGAUGAGAAAGAAAGCAAAGAAGAGCAGAUUGAAGAAUCAGUUACUAAAUUAGGUGAACCAGAAGAAAUGGAGGAUGGUGAAUGCAGUGAUACAAGCUCAAGCAGUUCCGAUGAUGAUGAUGAUGACGUCAAGUCUAAUGCUAGCACUUCUACAGCUACUGAUGAUGAAUCAGUAGCGAAGCAUCAUCCACCAUGUAUGCGCGUGAUCGUACGCGAAACGAAGCUCCCGAAACUGCGCGUGGGCAACUUGUUUAUCAUCACCAAAGAUGGCGGUACCGUCGGCAGGGAGGGGGAACAACACAUUAUACUGCUCAAAGAUCAUAAUGUGUCUAGGACCCAUUUGGAUAUAAAAUUCGACCCAUACCGCAACUUGUAUAUGAUGACAGACCUCGGCUCCAAAAACGGCACCAUCCUCAACGGGACUCGAAUGUCUGAGAGUCAAGUUAGAAGCGAACCAAUGGAGGUUGUCCACGGGAGCACUAUACAGAUAGGUGAAACAAAGCUCCUGUGUCACAUACACCCCGGGAACGACACGUGUGGACACUGCGAGCCCGGACUGCUUAUGGAAGCGCUAGAAAAAGAGAAGAAAGUAGCGUACACGCGUACAUGCAGCGUACAGAAACAACAUCAGUUAGAGUUGGCUCGUCUAAAGAACAAGUACGCGCCGAAACCGCCGCUAGCUAUUGAGGAGACUGCGUACAAUGACAGGGCGCAGGCACGGAGAGAAACCGUGGGCUCCUCACACCACUCUGAGAAGACACAGAGUACUGAUAUUAAUACGUCCAUAGCAGCAGAAAACAAAGGCUUCAAGUUAUUAGAGAAGAUGGGCUGGAAUAAGGGCGAGGGACUGGGUAAGGACAGCCAGGGAGAAACAGAACCGGUACCUCUAGUAUCAAACGAAGGUACAGCCGGUUUAGGGGCCGGGAGAGCUCCGUUCGCGCCCAUCGCGAAGAAUUCCCUAGGACCAGCUACCAUGCGCCUAGCGACUAGAACCAAAAUGCUAAACCCACCGGCCAAAGCAUUCCAAUCACCCAUAGAUGAUGAAGACUCAGAGUGAUAUUAACAUUAAGAAUUAGAUUAUAAGGUUCAAUUUUCACUGAAAUUUUACGGUUUUAUAAGUGUUUUUUAUUUAUAUAUCGGUGAUUAGUCGCAAGACUAAGCUAGUGAGUUAUUAAGGCGGGUAGGUGAGGGAAUCCCAUCUGUCUUUCCAUACCAUAUUUCUCCGUUUUAGCCUUUUCAUAGUGAGCAGGGGUUUUAUAAUUUCAUUAGCGAAUUUUUUUUAAUGUUUCAGGAACGUUCUGCGUUUUUGUUUUUGAAAUUCUCAAUUUCUGACUGUACAGUCGCAACAUUGAGGUAUUCAUGGAUUUCCUCAUAUAUACGCAUCUCCCCAUCAUUUUUUCAGUGCAUCUGUGAUCAUCCUCGCGGGCGCAUGUUUUUCAACCGCUACCACUCCCAAGAGAGGUUGUCACCUUAAUUUUUCAUUCCAAGCAACAAGUCCUGCCCAUUUCCAUUUUAGGUGUGCUUUUCAAAGUCAAAAUCAUUUCAAUCAUCCGUUUCGUCAUAUCUGUGACCUUGCACUUCUUAAGAAGCUAUUUGUUUGUUUUUCAGUCUAACAAUAUCACACCCACCAUCCUUUCUAUUGGCCUCUGGGCCACUUCCAGUUUCUAGGGUUUGGUGAUUGGCGACGCGAGCGACUGUCCCCCGAUACGUGUCCAUGUUGAUAAUUUCUUAUUUGCAAUACAAAAUGUCUAUAAAAAUGGCAUUAAUCUGUCUACGGAGAUCAGUCUUUAGCUUCCAAGAUUUGCUGAUCAUAUUCGCGCCUAAAUCUAGAUGUCGCUAAUGUGUCUGUCGCGGUGACCGCUUUGCCUUGUUUUGCCUUUGGUGAGGUCUUUGAUUUUCUAUUCGAAUAGCACUUUCGCUGUCACCUUGGUUUUGGUGGUAACACAGGAUGACUCAUAGCUCCUCCCCCCGAAUCCUUGUCCAGUCCCUCCAUGAUACAGCGUGUUGUUAUUUGCGUCCCCAGUGGCCGCUGCAGCGUAAGAAGUUUUGCAGUUUUUUAUACAAACUACUUUUCUCUUUUCUUAACGGUAGACGACAAAAAUACAAAUGACACGCAAUAAAAAAAAAUAAACGGUCUAAAUAAAUAAAUAAUUCAAAAAAAGAUUACCUCAACUUCCGACUGUGUGUUUCAUCAUGUUUCAAAAGCCUGAAAUUAAAAAAAAACUUUGUAAUUGUAAGUAGUGUUUUUAUUUAUUGUAAAAUAUGUGUUAAAUAAUGGUUAAUCUGCCUUUUCAUACCAUAUUUUUCCGUUUGAGCAAGAGUUUGUUGAUUUCAUUUGCUUUUUUUUAAUGUUUCGGGGCCGUUCUGCGUAUUUACUUUUGAAGUUCUCAAUUUCUGAUUGUGCAGUCACAAAAUUGAUGUAUUCAUGGAUUUCCUCAUACACGAGCUUCUCCCAUCAUAUUUCCAUUGCAUCUGUGAUUUUCGUCGCGGGUACUUGCUAUUCAACCGCUUGCACUCCCAGUGACGUUUGCCCUAUGAUUUUUCCAAGCAACAUGUGCUACCCACUUCCAAUUUAGGUAUGCUAUCCGUUUCGUUUCAAAAUGUUGAUAAAAAUGGCAUUAAUCUGUCUACGAUCUGUCUGACGAGAUCAGUCUUUAGCUUCCAAGACUUGCUUAUUAUAUUCGCCGCCUAAAUCUAGAUGUCGCUAAUGUGUCUGUCGCGGUUCCCACUUCGUCUUGUUUUGCCUUUGGUCUUUGAUUUUCUAUUCGAAUAGCACUUUCGCUGUCACCUUGGUUUUGGUGGUAACACAGGAUGGUUCAUAGCUCCUCCCCCCGAAUCCUUGUCCAGUCCCUCCACGAUACAGCGUGUUCUUGCGAUUUGCGUCCCCAGUGGCCGCUGCAGCGUAAGAAGUUUUGUAGUUGGUUUUACAAACUACUUUUAUCUUUUCUUAACGGUAGACGACAGAAAUACAACUGGCACAGAAUAAAAAAACGGGGUAAAUAAAUAAAUUAUUCAGAAAAAGAAUGCCUCAACUUGCGACUGCCUGUGUCAAAUGCCUGAAAUAAAAAAAUAAUACUUUGUAAUUGUAACUAUAGUCAGAAUUUUAAUUAGAUUCCAGAUUUGA